AGUUUAUUUUAUAUGUACAUUUUUUGAGAAAAUAUCUCGUAAUCAGAGUAGAUAUCAUUGUAAUAUUUCGAAGUUCCAUUAGUUAAUUAUAUUGUGAUGUGUCCUGUAGCCUCGUUUCUGUAUUAGAAGCUACUCGAGUCCAGCAUAAUGAGGACGAUUCCGACUUGGGUAGAAAAGGUUCACAAUUCCAGUAAAGUCGAACAAUGUAUAUACGACCUAUGCUUUCAUCCGGAUGGAUCUCAAUUGAUCGUAGCAGCCGGUCAGAUUUUAUUAGUGUAUAGCUGUGCUAAUGGAUCCGUGAUACAAACACUAAAAGGACACAAAGACAACAUAUACUGCGUGGAUUACAGCUUCGAUGGUAAUAAAUUCGCAUCCGGAGGAGCCGAUAAAGUCGUAAUUAUUUGGUCAUCUAAAUUGGAACCGAUAUUAAAAUAUGUGCACAACGAUGCAAUACAAUGUUUCGCUUUCAAUCCAGUAUCCGGCAUGUUGGCGAGCUGCGCCAUGUCAGAUUUUUCUUUCUGGACCCUCGAAAAUAAAGUCGUCCAAAAAUUCAAAGUAGCUUCUAGAAUAACCGCGUGUUCGUGGAAUUCGGAUGGCCAAUAUUUGGCCCUCGGAAUGGUCAAUGGAAGUAUCUCAAUACGAAAUGUGUACGGUGAUGAGAAAUACCUUAUUGAGAAAGAAGAUUCGAAUGCUGCUCCAAUUUGGGCUCUUAGUUUCAGUCCUAAAAAAUCCGACAGUGAUAUUCUCUGCGUCACUGAUUGGUCCCAUAAAUUAUCUUUUUAUUCAAUCGAUGGAAAGAAUAUUGGUAGAGAACGAAAUCUAGGAUUCGAAGCUCUCUCUGUCAACUAUAUGAUGAAAGGCGAUUACAUUUUGAUAGCUGGAUGCAAUAAGCAAUGCACGUUACUCAGUCACGAUGGUAUCAAAUUAGGCACCAUUGGAGAGGAACAAGAAUCAUGGAUAUGGUGCUGCAAAGCUCAUCCAUCGGCUCCAUUUGUGGUUUUCGGAUGUCAAGAUGGAACUAUCGCUUAUUUUCAAUUAAUUUUUAGCACCGUUCAUGGUCUGUAUAGGGAAAAAUACGCUUUUAGAGAAAAUAUGACCGAUGUGAUCGUUCAUCAUCUAAUCACCAACGAAAUAGUUCGUAUUAAAUGUCGAGACUGGGUGAAAAAAAUCGCAGUCUACAAACAUCGGCUAGCUGUUUUAUUACCAUCCAAAAUUGUCGUUUACGAAUUACUCACCAAAGACUCGAACCAAAUGCAUUAUCAAAUUAAAGAAAAACUAAAUAAGUCACUCGAAUGUAAUCUACUAGUCGUCUGCUCCGAACAUCUAAUUUUCUGCCAGGAAAAACGAUUGCAAUGCUAUACAUUCGAUGGUAAAAAUGUGGCUCAAUGGUUGAUGGAUGACGUUGUCAGGUACAUCAAAGUAGUUGGAGGAGCUGCUGGAAACGAAGGCUUGAUAGUAGGAUUGGCGGAUGGACAAGUGUUAAAAAUCUACAUAAGUAAUCCAUUUCCAACGCUUAUGAUGAAAUCUACGUCAGCUAUUUUGUGUUUGGAUUUGAGCCUUUCGAAGAAAAAACUGGCUGUGGUUAAUGACGAUAAUCAAUGCGUGGUUUACGACGUCGGUACUGAUCAAAUUGUUCAUCAGGAAUCAAAAGCAACCAGCGUGUCAUGGAAUUUAUUAUACGAAGAUAUGCUUUGUUACUCUGGUAACGAUGUACUCAAUAUUAAAGUCAACGAUUGCCAACCUCAUCAAAUGAGAUUUAGCGGUUAUGUGAUUGGAGUUUAUGGCUCGAAAGUGUUUUCUUUAAAUGGAUCAAAUAUUGUCACAAUCGAUGUGCCAUUAUCAGCUCCAAUGUAUCAAUGUCUUGAAAGAAAUCUGUUCGAAGAUGCUUUCAUGAUCGCUUCACUUGGUGUAACAGAAAACGACUGGAGAAGUUUAGCUCAAGCAGCGUUGGAAAAACUUGACCUGAAUAUCGCGAUAAAAGCUUACAGUAGGAUCAAAGAUCUACAAUGUUUGGACUUGAUUUACGAAUUCUUGGCGAGCAAAGAUCAAAAUAGAGAAGCUUUCAUGGGCGAUAUUCUAGCGUACGAAGGUAAAUUCAAAGAAGCUGGAAAAAUGUAUCAGAAAGCAGGAUGCAGUCAUAAAGCCUUAUCCAUGUAUACGGAUAUGAGAAUGUUCGAUUUAGCUCAAGAAUUCGUCAAAUCAGAAAGCAACUCCGAUAGGAAAACAUUAAUAAGAAAGAAAGCCGAAUGGGCCAAGAAUGUCAACGAACCAAAAGCUGCUGCUGAAAUGUAUUUAUCCGCCGGAGACAUCGCUAAAGCAGUCGAUAUCGCCGUAGAAAAUCGUUGGAUAGAUACAUUGAUCGACUUGGGCAAAAAAUUAGAUCAGAGUGAAACCGAACCUUUGAAAAAAAUCGCAGAUUGUUUAAGCAAACUCGACAAACCAGAAUACGCCAUUGCAAUUUAUAAUAAACUCAAAGAUAUUCCAAGUGUUGUACAGUUACACAUCAGUAUGAAAAACUGGUCGGCAGCUUUCACAUUGGUCGAGCGGAAUCCUGAGUAUGAAAACAUGUUGUAUAUACCUUACGCUCAAUGGUUGGUCGAAAAUGAUAAUUUUGUCGAAGCGCAAAAAGCUUUUCAUAAAGCUGGUAAGCCCGAGAGAGCUACGAAAGUACUGGAGAUAUUGAUAGAAAACGCGAUCGACGAAGGACGUUUCGAUGAUACUGGAUAUUAUCAUUGGAUUUUAAGCAGGCAGUUCUUAGAUUUAGCCAAUCAAGCAAACUCCGAUGAAAUGAUACAGAAAUUUUAUUUUCACGAUCGAUUGGCGAAUAUAUAUUACGCUUAUAAUGCUAUUCAGAAAUAUCUUGAAGAACCAUUCACAUCUUAUCAACCUGAAGCCUUGUUCAAUAUUGCCAGAUACCUUUUGAAUGAAGUAAAAACAGGGUGCCCAAAAGGAAUCACCAGAUUCGCUAUUUUAUACACACUCGCUAAACAAGCCAAAAGCCUCGGAGGUUUCAAAAUUGCUCGACAAGCGCUAGACUGUAUUCAGAAUUUACGAGUUCCUAAUAAUUUUCAAGAUUUCGUCGAUAUGUCCACAAUUAUGAUCAGGGCGAAGCCAUAUCACGAUAACGAAGAACUCCUAAUAAUGUGUUAUAGAUGCUCAUCUUAUAAUCCACUAGUGGUCUCAUCUGCAUCUUCGGCUGGAAAUAUAUGUUUAAAUUGUCGUCAACCUUUCGUUUCCUCAUUUGUAACAUUCGAUUUCUUGCCGUUGAUCGAAUUCCAAUUGGAAGACGGUAUCUCAGAUGAAGAAGCUAUUGAGCUACUGCGAAGUACUAGCAGCGAGUCUAUGACCAAACAAUCGACAACGAGUAGUCAAUCCGAUGGUAAUUUUCAAGCUUUAUUUAUCGAUGACUCGAGCCAAAAUAGUACUGAUCCUUUUACCGCCACUUUAAUUAAUCUUGAGGCAGAAAAUGACAGAUUCAAUCCAGUUAUCGUUAAUCGAGACACUUUACUUUCCAUGGACAUCAAUUUGGUGCUGAUUUGCCGAUGGCCAAAACCACUACGGUAUCGAUAUUACCGAAACUUGGUCCCAGAACUCCAAAUUAUCGCAUGCAGCUCUUGUUUCAAAAUCUUUCAUAUCGAUGACUACGAGAUGGAAGUUUUACGUAAAGGAUGCUGUCCAUAUUGUCGUGUUGUACCUGAGAAGAAUACUGAAAUUCAUGAGAUGGCCUCAUGAAGGUUGAUUUUUUCCAAAAAUAAUUUUGUUUUGUUAAUAAUAAAAUUUCAUUUUUUUUUUUUUGAAAAAAGUUAUGUAUUAGACAUACCUAUUUAACGAGCGAGUUUCGCUCUAAAAUUGAUUUUUAAAUUGUUCAAACAUUUACCAAAAAUUCAAAAAUGAAUACUUUUUCUAUC